AUGAGUCGCGGAGCUGCUGCGAUGCUGAAGUCCACUCACCGUCCUGCGCCACCACGGGCUGCAUCGACUCUUCCUGCAGGCUGGACGGAACACCGAGCACCAUCUGGUCAAAUUUACUACCACAAUGCGAAUACCAAACAAUCUACCUAUGUCCGUCCUGUCGACGAGGCCCAGAGCGAUGUGUUGGUCAUCGACUUCGCUGCGACCAUUCCAGAUCCUGAGAUCCAGGCUUCCCUCAAAGCCAUGCGAAAAUUCGACGACCGUCACAGUCCUUUAGCUAACGGCAGAAGUCUUCAAAAUGGAGAUGGGUAUAAACCACGAUCACGACCUAACAGGCAAGGAGAUAGACCAAAAUCAAAAGCCGAAAUACCCAACUGUGCUCCAUGGCUGCUCGUGAAGACCAAGUAUGGUCGUCGUUUUGUACACAACACUGAAACCAAGCAAAGCUUCUGGAAAUUUCCCAGUGAGGUUAUGAUGGCUGUGAUUGAUAUGGAUAGGAUAGAAUGGGAGAAGAAGAACAAAGAAGCUGAUGAAAAGGAGAAGUCUAUUUCAGCUCAACAGUCGAACAGUACUCCACAACCUGAGCCUCAACAGCAACCACGACAACCAUUGCCCAUGCGAGACGUAUUCGACAGCGACGAGUACGAAGAAGUUGAGGUUACGGACGACGAAGACGAAGACCACCCUCCAGCCCUUAAAAGAUCACGUACGGAAGAAAUACCGAACUCGACAGUUGACGGCCAACAAGGCCGGCCCCAGGAAUUCAACGAGGACGAUAUAGAAUGGCAAUUGGCACAGAUGGAAGCGGACGAAAUUGACCCAGGUUACGACUACGACCACGAGGAUCAAGACCUUGAAGAUGAAGAAGCUAUGACCCUUACCGAAGAGGACAGACAAGCUCUCUUCCGUACACUACUCGAUCAACUACACAUAUCCCCUUUCUCGACCUUCGACGCCCUCAUCGACACAAACACUAGAACAGCAACUACUGUGACUGACGAUGAUCGCUGGACAGCCUUGCCCAACAUGUCCGCUCGUCGUGUUGCUUUCGACGCAUGGUCGCGUGACAGAAUCACUCAACGCAACGCGACCGAGAGUGUCGAAGAUAACUCCGUGCCCGAUGGCUCCAGCAAUCUCCCCACGUCAAAAUUCAAGAAAGUCGACCCACGCAUAGCAUACUUGAGGUUCUUGAGUAAAGAAGCAACCACCAAGCUCUAUUGGCCAGAAUUCAAGCGCAAAUUCCGCAAGGCUCCUGAGAUGACGGACCGUUACUUCCUAGACAAAGACCGCGAAAAGCUGUACCGCGAGUACAUCACAAAACUCAAACUUUCCGAAGCCGAUCGAAAAAUAGAAUUCACUACAUUGCUGAAGAGUGUCCCUGUCAAGGACUGGCAGACCAAUUCGAUUCCUGAAAAGAUAGAGAAGGAUUUGAAGUUCUAUGGUAUCAGGGAAGAGGGACGUAGACAAGAGCUGGUCGAAGGAUACAUUUCGACCGCUAGAUAA